GAGCAUGGCCGUGUGCAGGAUGUGGGGAGCUGUGUUUGCGCUGGCAGAGGAAGGCUGCGUGAUCAGCCCGGAGUGAGCGACCUGCUGUGCUCUGCCCGUGCUGGCAAGUGGCCGGGGCUCAGCCUGCUUGAGAUCUGCAUCCUCCCCGUCCCAUCCUGCUGUCUCCUCCCAGCUUGUGGGCUCGAAAGGAGUGGCAGCUGGUGGGAUAUAUAAAGGCAGGGGAACCUCCUCCAGCUCAAAAGAAACUCCUGGAGCUACUGCUGUCCUCCCUCCCUCCUUCAUGUGAUUCAGCUUCUCCCCACCACACGAGCCUCACCGUGUGAGAUGGCUGCCGGCAGCUGCCUCCUCCUCCUCCUCCUGCCCUGCCUGGCGAUGACCUCACACAGCACCCCCGGCUGCAGGAUCCGGAUAACCUCCAAGGGGCUGGAUCUGGUGAAGCAGGAGGGGCUGCGCUUCGUGGAGCAGGAGCUGCAGAACAUCACAAUGUCCGACCUGCACGGGCAGGAGGGGCAGUUCCACUACAACAUCAGCCAGGUCAAGGUGACAGACCUGCAGCUGGCACUUUCUGACCUGCACUUCCAGCCUCAGCAGCACCUUGCCUUCAACAUCAACAAUGCCUCCAUCAGCCUGCGCUUCCGCAGGCAGCUGCUCUACUGGUUCUUCUAUGACAUUGGGUCCAUCAACGCCUCUGCAGACGGCGUCCACAUCCACACGGUGCUGCAGCUGGCCAAGGACAAGGCUGGGCGCCUGAAGAUCUCCAACAUGAGCUGCGAGGCCUCCAUCGCCAGGAUGCACGCAGGCUUCUCCGGCACGCUGCGGAAGGUCUAUGAGUUCUUGAGCACCUUCAUUGUCACUGGGAUGCGCUACCUCCUCAGCCAGCAGAUCUGCCCAUCCCUGGAGCACGCCAGCCUGGUGCUGCUGAACUCCUUGCUGGAUACAGUGCCUGUGAGGAGCUACGUGGAUGAGCACAUCGGGAUUGACUACUCCCUCCUGCAGGAUCCAGCUGUCUCCACAGACACCCUGGACCUGGACUUCAAGGGCAUGUUCUUCCCCCGUGCAAGAGAGAACCAGGAGCUGGAGAACCACGCGGUGGAGCCGGUGAUCAAGGAGACCGAGCGCAUGGUCUACGUCGCCUUCUCGGAGUACUUCUUUGACUCAGCCAUGCAGGCUUACUUCCAGGCGGGUGUGCUGGCCAUAGAGCUCCAGGGGGAGAAGAUACCCAAGGACCUGGAAGUUUUGCUGAGAGCCACCUUCUUCGGGACCAUCUUCAUGCUGAGCCCCACGGUGGACGCUCCCCUGCAGCUGGUGCUCCAGGUGUCGGCUCCACCACGCUGCACCAUCAAACCUUCGGGCACCUCCGUCUCUGUCUCUGCCUUCCUCAACAUCUCCAUGGUGCCACCGGGCCACCCUCCUGUCCAGCUCUCCAGCAUGGUCCUGGAAACCAAGCUGAGUGCCAAGGUGUUUCUGCAAGGGAAGGCACUGCGCAUGCAGAUGGACCUGAGACGGUUUCGCAUCUACUCCAAGCAGUCGGCGCUGGAGUCGCUGGCGGCCCCACUGAAGACCCUGCUGCAGCUGACCAUCAUGCCCAUCAUUAACGAGAGGACUAAAAACGGGGUGCAGAUCCCACUGCCCGAAGGCAUGGACUUCACCAAGGAGGUGGUCACCAACCACGCGGGAUUCCUCACGGUGGGAGCUGACCUCCACUUCUCCAAGGGGCUGCGGGAGGUGAUCGACCAGUACCGGACAGUGCCCACUGUCCCCCCUGCCACCAGCGCCCGGCCUGCAGAGCCCAGCCUGGGCCCCCACCAGCUCUAGCUCUGCUCCCUGCUUCCUCCUGCACCCGGACCGAGGGCAGAUCCCGGGCUGGACCCGUAGGAUGUAGGUAGGCAGCAGCUUCCCUGGUACCAGGAGCACAUCUGUUGUGCCCUGGGGGGUAGCAGCAAGGUGGAGACAGCUGCUCUGGGAAUCCCUGCUGCACCCCUCCUCCCCCGACUAAUAAACCACUUG